UCCAGUCUCUUUCCGUUGGCAGCCCUAAUGUAAACCAAACGCAAAAUGGCGAACGUACGUGACAGUGAUACAUCUUUAUGGUUACACAAUAAACUCGGUAUUUCGAAUGAUUCUUGGACAGGGGGCUCAAUUUGCUCGCAGUUGAACGCAGAAGUGCUGAGGAAUAUCAAAGACUGUUUUCCGGAUCUCCAAACCCAGGUCAAACUCAAACUCUUGCUGAGUUUCUUCCACAUCCCGCGCAGGAACCUCGAAGAAUGGAAACUGGAACUAGAACAAAUCCUAGACGUCGCGGUCGCAGAUUCGGAGUUAUGGGUGUCCAUGUUAGCGGAGGCUCUAAAGACCUACCCCGCCACGGGUUCGCUGAACACGGAAAUAUCAGACUUGGACGAAGUGAGACCGAUCUUUACAGAUCUAGUCACGGAUUUACGGAAACUGGUACGCAAACAAGCCGAGAACGUCAUGCUGCCGAUGGAGUGCCACUACUUGAACAAAUCCGCACUCAUUUCAGUGGUUGGCCACAAGCAGGAGCCUACCAAGCACUUCACGAUAAAAAAGAAACAAAAAUCUGCAGUUCUCCGCGCUGACUUGCUUCAAAAGUCUUCGGACGCCGCUUCUAACCUUAAAAAAUCGUCGGCUCCUGUGAUUCCGGUGCGGUCGAGAGGCAUGCCGCGAAAAAUGACAGACACAACGCCGCUGAAGGGAAUUCCCAGUAGGGUACCCACGUCUGGGUUUAGAUCAGGUGCUUUGAAUAACAACAUGAGCAACAGACCUCCAUUGGCUCGUUUACCGGCAGGACGGAAAGAGGGAGGAGUUAAGUUACUUGAUAUUGCUGAUCAGCCUCUGGGCUAUGCCGCCGCUAAAAAACGAAAAAAGAUGCAAGAAAUGGAGGAUGCCAAGAAGAACGUGGAGAAUGCGGCGUUGCAAAGCCCGCCUCCGGCGGCCGGAGCCACGCCCGAUUACGCGGCUGGGUUGAGCGCGACGCCUGCGUACGCCCCGCCCACUCCACAACCAAUACUCACAGCGACGACUGCGUCUUCCAUUCUUACGACCGUUGCACAGACUGCCCCCGUUACUACCGUGACUACCACCCAGAUAACCACGCCUACGACUGUAAAAUUGGCGACGACUCCGGUUACUCAGAUCGCCGCGACCCCUACGAUGCGUCCUGUACCGCCUCUCCUGGCUACCACACCCACUGGUCAACGUACUAUUCUGACGGACCAAUCGGUGAAGACCAUUGGUCAAGUGUCAAACAUAGCUAUAGCCCAGCGAACGACGCAGCCUACUCAGACGGUGACCCAUAUAAGGAUCCAGCCGCAGACGACGUCCAACGCCUUGCAACGAAGAGGUUUAGCUCUGACGAGGGAGCAGAUGUUGGAAGCGCAGGAUAUGUUCCGUACGGCGAACAAAGUGACGAGGCCGGAGAAGGCGUUGAUUUUGGGAUUUAUGGCCGGAUCAAGGGAUAAUCCGUGUCCUCAUUUAGGGAACAUUGUCACUAUAAAGUUGUCUGAAGAUCAGGAGAACGUGUUGCAGCCGGACGACACUUAUCUGACGAUGUUGGCGGAGACGCACUUCCAGAUGAAUUACAACAACGGCGAGUGGAAGCGAAUCAAAAAGUACAAACAUAUUGAGAACGUGGUUGAUCAAUUGCCGCAGAAUACGCCAACGCCGACGGUUAUCGGAAACUGAGGUGAUUCUAUGAGAUUUUUGUUGUUAAGCAUAUAUCUUCAUUUUUAUUAUUAAUGGCGAAGUUCAUAUUUAUUUACAGUUUAUUUAGGAUAAGUCGAAUCGAAAUCUGAGUUUACCAGUUGAGUCAACUGGACGAAUGUUACGUUUGAUGUACAAAUUUUUUUGUAUAUAUUGUAAUAUAUAAUAAAGUGCUAACGUUUC